AUGGUUUCAGCAAGCCAAACAAAUAUUGCACUCCUUGCCGGAACCAUUCUGGGCGUCAUCUCCUCUGCCCAUGCUAUUCCGGCGGGUUCGAGCUCAUCGACUAGUAGUGGGCUGCCUACGACUGCGGCAUACUUUGUCAGUGGUACAACCACAACCUUCGCUUCCACAACACUUAGUGCUACUGGAGCUGAUGAGGGAGUCAUUAUUGUCAAAGAGACGGGGGUUGCUUAUGUCAACGACUGCACUCUGAUCAAGACUGGGGAUUCGUCGGAUGACAGCGAGAGUUCCUUCACCGACCUAAACGCCGCCGUUGGUGUGGAAACAUAUGGUACAAUUUACAUUACCGAUACUAACAUUACCACCAAUGGUGGAAGUGCAAAUGCUGUUCAUACCUAUGAAGAUGGAUCGGUUGUCUACUUGACAAACGUCUAUAUCCAUGCCGAGGGCGAUGGUUCGCAUGGAAUCUACACCGGAGGAGGUACAAUCUAUGGAACGGACCUCGAAAUCUACACUUAUGACGGCCACGGAAGUGCAAUUGCUACCGACUCUGGCGGUGGUCUCAUUGUGGUUGAUGACUCUUCAGCAUACACUUUUGGUGCUCUCUCGGCGCUAGUUUAUUCCACAGGCAAUAUCACGGCCACCUCACUCACUGGUACUGCGGAUAUUGCCCCCGCCGCCUGCAUUGAUGGAUCGAAUUCAUUCACACUCAAAGAUCCGGUUAUCACUUCUGGAACACAGAAUAAUGGCGUGUUUCAGAUAGUCAGCACCGCUUCUUCCAGCAACACUGACAACACUGCUUAUGCAUAUGUCACCGGCGGCUCUGUGGAAGAGACAUACGGGACAUACGGCUUGGUCUUUGUCUCUAAUAUCCAAGCCUAUGUUUAUCUCACUGAUGUCGAUCUUACGAUCAAAUCCGGAAUUCUAGCAAAUAUUACAGCGGAUAGUGAAUGGGGCACCACUGGAAGCAAUGGCGGCAUCGCCUAUCUUUAUUUGACCGAUAUCACAGUUGAGGGUGAUAUUUACGUUGAUGAUUAUAGUGAGGUUUAUGUCUAUUUAGUCGGAUCAACAUGGACAGGAGCGAUCAACCCCCUAGAUUCCUCCGGAACCUAUUCUGUCUCGCUUGAUUCCAGCAGCACUUGGACGCAGACCAGUGUUUCCUAG